AAUGUGUGUUUAGUGUCAAAUAUCCAUCUAUUGUGGAUUUUUUUCUCGAAAAAAUCGGGACACUGGCUGAAGAAUGUGAUAUUUUUGUUAUUGCAAAUCCUUCGCCAUGACAACUGUAAAGGUAACUGUCGUCGGAGAUGGUAUAGUGGGAAAGACAUGCUUGCUCAGUACUUACACCACCGGGGAAUUUCCUAGAGAAUAUAUACCUACUGUUUUUGAGCACUACGGACAAAAACUCAUAGUCGAUGAUGUAGAAUAUGAUAUGACCCUAUGGGACACUGCCGGACAAGAAGAUUACGAAAGACUUAGGCCAUUGUCUUAUCCACACACGAAUUGUUUCCUGGUGUGCUUUUCUGUCGAUAAAAAUUUGGCCUCAUACGAUAACGUGAUUUUAAAAUGGGUACCGGAAGUUAGGCAUUUCAGCCCAAAUGUCCCAAUCCUUCUAGUAGCAACAAAAAAAGACUUACGGACUGAUCCCAGCUUGGCUUGCUACACGCCCGAAGAAGGCAAAAAGCUGAAACGAAGGGUUAAAGCGCAGGGAUACAUGGAAUGCUCUGCUUUGAUGAACGAAGGGUUGGAGGAAGUCUUCGUCGAAGCUAUACGGGUGUACAAGAAGAGCAAAAACAAAAAACCAGUUACUAGACACUGUACUGUAUUAUAAUUUUCUUCCAAAUAAGGACUGUUUAAAUAUAUGUCAUUUAAAAUUGUGUAUUUUACAAUAAUUGCACGUUUUGUUAAUGCUGCCUUUUUUUAAAUUAAACUAAGUGUAUAUUACCGAUGAUGUUCAAUUAUAUUGCCGAAACUUAGGAUAUUAACGCCUUGAAAAAUAUUUAGACUGAUAUUAAAUGUUAAAAGACUAUAAAAAUUGUUUUGUUAUGUUUUUUUGGACUCCACUCUUCUUCUAGCAGUUCUGAGGAACCUCAACACGAGUUCACUGGAAAAUAUCUACUAAAAAUAUGGAAAAAAUAAAGAAAUUAAUCUUAAAACUACUAAAGGGUGAUCAGUUUCAGAGUUAUAUUUAAUUGAAAAUAUAAGGCAGCAUAAACAGAAUGUGCCGAUGCAAUCAACUAAACAAAUUCUCCAAAAAAACUUCAAUAUAUUUGUCUACGUGUUUUUUGGUUUGGUAUUUUUUAAAUUUCAAAUGGCAUAUUUGUUUCUAUUGUUUAUAUUCUCAAGGAAAAGGCUUAAUUGAUAUUUUCACACAGUAUUUCAGAACUGGAUGUACAUUUAUAUUCUUUAAAUCGUAUUAAAUAAAUAAUUUAUUAC